GAGCUGGAACCCUGCAAGACUCGGGGGCCAGGUUUGAAUCGCCGUUUGUACCUCAAGCAUAAUUUUUAUUUAGGUUGUUCCUAGGUGAGGGCUGAUUCAGGGAGGACUGGUGGUGACUUCGGGGAACUUCACCUCCUAAAUCAUCGCUGGUGUCUUGACCCCUGCCGCUCAGCACCAGCGCUUGAUCCCGAAGGCUGGCGGGGCUGCGACUCGGUCAAGUCACGCAGAGUUGGGGCGGGGCCUGGACCAAGGGGCGGGGCCUCUUCGGCUCCCAGGCGGAGCUUCGGCUAAAGGCGCGGAGCACAAGGCGCUGAGGGCGCAGAGUAGAGCUGCACCACCCAGUAGAAGUCUGGGCUGAACAGCUUCCCUUCGGUGCCGACAUCCCACCAUCUCCCGCUUGUCGCCCGGCGCGACCCGCGGCCAUGCAGUCCCGGGCUUAAGGCGACCCCAUGGCAAAACCUGCGAUCCCAGCGACGACGGCACAUGGAGAACUUCCGUAAGGUGCGCUCGGAGGAGGCGCCGGCGGGGGACGGUGAUGAGGGUGGCAGCCCGAACUCGGGCCCUUUCGCAGAUCUGGCGCCUGGUGCUGUACACAUGCGUGUCAAAGAGGGCAGCAAGAUCCGCAACCUACUGGCCUUCGCCACCGCCAGCAUGGCGCAGCCAGCCACGCGCGCCAUCGUCUUCAGUGGCUGCGGCCGGGCCACCACCAAAACCGUCACGUGCGCCGAGAUUCUCAAGCGCCGCCUGGCGGGCUUACACCAGGUCACGCGGCUGCGCUACCGGAGCGUACGCGAGGUGUGGCAGAGCCUCCCGCCUGGGCCCACGCGGGGUCAGACUCCUGACGAUCCGGCCGCCAGUCUCAGUGUACUUAAGAAUGUGCCGAGCCUGGCCAUCCUACUUUCCAAGGACGCACUGGAUCCACUACAACUUGGCUACCAGCCUCCGAACCUCAAUCCAGGUCCUUCGUCCCCUCCUACGGUGUCGACGUCCAAGAGGAGCCUGGGGGAAUCUGCUGCUGGAGAAAGCACCGCUAAGCGGUCUCAGCCUGAGCCGGGGGCAGAGAAUGAGGACCCGACUGCCUGAGAACUCCCGGCUCUGAGCCACCUAGACCGACUGGAUCUUAUAUCCUCAACACUCCUACAUCCACAUGCACCUUUCAUACCUGGGUUUUAAGGGGUCCGUGUUCCUAGAAGAUUGACAGCACUGAUCCCAAGGGAACCGGAAAUGGAGCUCAGGAAUGGCAAGAGGAUCCCUGAAGUUCGAGGAAACUUUGUGGGACGUGUUACCAGGAGCCACAGAACUCCACCCCCACUUUUUGUAGGCCAUACUAGGAUCUUUUCGAGGGAAGUAUGGUGGAUAGUGAGACUCUUGAGCCUUCUUGGGGACCUAGACUUUAAAAGCGCCCAGUUUGCAUGAAGACUGAGGGUUGAGGAUCUUGAAAUCAUCCUUGCUGUUGAUUGAGGGCAGAAGCUAUGAAGCAGAUUCCUUGUGGGUGGCCAAGCUGAAAAUGUUGGGACCCUAUUCUGCCCACCCCCCGGCAAUUCCCCUUUUUAGCUUUUCUUCCUCUUAGCAUCCCCCCUUUUGCAUGGUGGCAGAGAAGGGACCCAGGACAGAACUUUCCAUUGCCUCCUCCCCUGAGUCCUGCUGCUGGAGUCUUGCUUUCAAUAAAACAAACAUGAAAAUG